ACUCUCCAGCCUCGGCGUUUUGAGACAAGUGCCAAAAUAUUUCCUCUCUAAUAAAUACAGACUUUAAUUAAUGGUGUUUUAGGGCAUCCAGUUUGGCAGACUGUAAUUAAUAACAAACUGUUUCUGGAGUUUUUGGAGGCUUUUUGCAUUUCUGUCCACACUGUGAAACCUUCAGAGACGGCAGCCAGCAUCCGCCCGUUACAGAUCAAGAAGACUGACAAGAGAGUAGAUUUCCCACGUCAUCUCUGAGAGGUUCGGUCUGUUUGGACAGAAUGACAGCCAUCAUUCAAGAGAAGGGCCAACACCUGACCACGCUGCAGAGAACCAGCGGAAGUGAGACGAGCCGAGACAGCCUACAGAACAAAGACAUUAUGUGAGGAGUCUAUGAAGCUCACUGCUGGAGAACUGUUUGUUGUACAUACCUGCGCCAUAUGAGAGACGCUUCAGGACGCUGAAAAGAAAGAGACAUUAGAGGACAGGUCAACAAGCUGAAUGACCACUGAAAUCUCCGGGAAUGGAGUUACCAUAAGGCAGAGCUACAAAUCACCUGCUAUGAAAAUUACCACCUGAACACGGAAGUACAGCACACAGAUGAGUGAUCGCUGCCCUUGACUACCUCUUGAACGUUGCGCCUCUCCUAAUCGGUUAGUUCAAGAGACACUACCGCUGAGACUUUUUCCACAAUACUGCAAAACAUCUAACGGAGACAGACUAUCAGAGGCAACCAUGAACGACCUGGAAGAGAUGUCGGUGAAGUGUGUCCUGGUCGGGGACAGUGCCGUGGGCAAGACGGCCCUGCUGGUCCGCUUCACCUCAGAGACCUUCCCGGACACUUAUAAGCCCACGGUGUUUGAGAACACAGGGGUGGAGGUGUACAUGGAUGGGGUACAGAUCAGCCUGGGGCUGUGGGACACGGCGGGCAAUGACAACUUUAGGCAGAUCCGACCAAGAUCCUACCAGCAGGCUGACAUUGUCCUCAUUUGCUAUUCUGUGGCCAACCCUAACUCACUGGCCAGUGUCCAGCAUAAGUGGAUCGCUGAGGUUCGAGAUAACUUGCCCAAGGUGCCGGUGUUGGUUGUGGCCACCCAGACAGAUCUGCGGGAGAUUGGGGCAUAUCGGGGCAACUGCAUCUCAGCAGCGGAGGGGAGACGCGUUGCUCAUGAAAUCCAUGCUAAAGGCUACCUGGAGUGCUCCUCCUUAAGUAACCGUGGUGUGCAGCAGGUGUUUGAGCAUGCAGUGCGGACGGCCGUAAACCAGGUCAGGAAACAGGCCAGGCGACGGAUGUUCAGCAUAAACCAGUGCAAGGUCUUUUGACCUUUGACCUUGACUUUGUGGACACCUCAGCUUUCAUGAGAAGACUUUUCUGUAAUACUUCUAAGUGUGCUGUUCAAACUCGCUGAGGGCUUGUAGAGGAACGUGAACCCAAAGCUGUAUUUCUCUUACACGUGUAGGGGUUUUUCUUCACUAACAGGGUGUCCUGCCCCUCACAAGACUUCCCUAAACUCAAACCAUAUUUAAAAUGAGAAUACCUUUCAUCAUUUACACAGAUGGAGGAUCUACUUCUGUGUGAUCCAGAGAGAGGUGAAGAAAAAAAGUGCUUCAUUUUUGAUUCCUCUGAUCUGUUUGUGAAGUGAACCGCAGCACAUCACAUUCUUAUUCCAAACAAGGCAUCUGAGAUUUUUGUGUUUCAGAAAUACUCCAUUAAUAACCUAGCUGUGAAAGAUUUACUUAAAUUGAAGCAUUUGAAGCUUUAAUAUGUUGUUUGUGAAUGGAUCACAAAUUAACCUUUAAAUCAUUGUGUAAAAUGAGUAAGUGCCGUUACUACCACAAAUAAAACGACACAGCCAGGUUUUACAGUUGCAUGAAACUUUACAGUGCGAUUUGUCAAAAUCAAAUAAGGAAAAGUCUAUUCUUAUGCUCCUGAAAUGUAACUAAUGUAAAAUCAGUAAUGGUGAGUGCAUGUUGACAUUUGUCAUCAGUGACUUUAAAUCUCUAGAAUAAGAAAAUGAGGGUGUCAGCUCAGAGAGCCCAAUGGGUCCACUUUUGGUGCAUCGGGUUCUACGUACAGCAUAUUCUUUAUUACUUCUCCAGAGAGGAUAACAUUUCAUUAGACGUGACCAUGACAUAAACUGUCGAUAGGUCGAAGUAUAUGGGUAUAUGUUUCUCCAGGUUAUAUGCAAUAUUUUUAUAAAUAUCUGUCAGAUCUAUUUAAAAGAAAACUGUAUUUGUAUUGUUUGAAAUGUUUCCUUAAACAUCGGUUGCAUUGAAAUGAAAUUUGACGAAUCCAAGACACUCAACACAUAUCAGUCAUUAAAAAAUACCUUAAAA